UCGAAAACUCUCAGAGCUAAAGCUACAAUGGAGAUAGACUGUAAAAAUAAUAAGAAAUCAUCUGAAAAUUACGGGACGGGUGUCGGGAAGCACCCACAGAACAAACAGACGAGCGUCAGCGUCAAACAGAAGAUUGGGCUCAUACGGAGGCUGACCCGAGAUUGCCCGAACCCCCGAGACGUGAGCCUGGUCACCAAGUGGCUGGCCAUCUUGGGCCACACCAACAAGGAGGAGGCGCUGGCCCGCGACUAUUUACUGGAGCUCAUACACCACCAAUUGAGGGAGUCGAAUCGCCUCUCAUCGCCCUUCACGAAGCUGGAGAGCUACAGGCGGGAGCUCCACUCGGUUCUAAGGGAGGUGGGCCGACAGCAGCUGCGGCGGCUCGGGCUCCUGAAGCGGCAAAGUACGACGGCGUUGCGGGUGCCCAAGCCCUCGCGGGCGAGCCUCAUCGCCCUCCACGCUCAUCCCCCCAAGCCCCAGACCAGCAAGGAGGCUAUGAAGCAAGUGUGGAGGCAGAAAAUCUAUCAGCUGGACGAGCUCGAGGCGCAGUACAGGCGGGAGGAGAAGCAGUUAAGAGAGUUCCGAUCGGCAGCCGCAGUCGCAGCCAAGUCCAAGGAAGGCCGCAAGCCGCCCCAAAAGCCGGCCCAGAAGCCGCCCAUGGUGUUGACCGUGGUACAUAAAGAGUUAUUGUGCGGCAAGGAGGGAAAGAACGAAGCUAAGACGAAGGCAAAGUUUACGGAUGUACCGGCUUCGUGUGCGCUGUUGGCCGAGCGCAACAACCAAUAUCGCCAGAGCAGGCGCCAGACGAUCCUGGAGCGCAAGGAAAGGGAGCGCAGGGAGCGGAUCCAGCGCGAGUACGAGCGCGAGCAGCAGCGGCUCCUCAGAGCCGAGCGGCAGCAGAAAGAGAAGGAGCUCCUCGUCAGCAAUCGGGCUGAUCGCGAGAAGGAGCACCGCGAGCGGAGCCGCACAGUGCAGGAGAGACGCCAGCACGAGCGCCAGCUGAUCGAGAGCCGGAAGGAGAGGCAGCGUCCCCGGGAGCCUAAGUCGAGCGAACAGGGCCAGCGCAGCCGACCGCUCUUCGAACGGAACCAAAGCGGGCGCCAGCUGCAGGCCAAUCUACUUCGCCGGCAAUCGUGUUGGCUUUGCAAUGGGACUGUGAGAAUCGAGGAGAGUCUGGGCCUGCGCAUCCAUCUGGAUGGCUGGAUGUGCGAUGUGUGCCAGCAGAAUGUGCGUCUCGACCCCAAGGUGGUAAGGAGCUGCAGCUUGGAGCCGCAGAAGAACUCCAGCUCUAACGCCAACGCCAACAACAAGAAGCUGGCCAAAGGAGAGCGCGACCGUCAACAGAUGCUUGAGAUGGAGAUGGAAAUGCCUGAGCCCGAGUGGCACCGGCAGCGAUCACCUGAGAGGAGCUCAGACGAGGAGAGCAGCGCAGAGGGGAAAGCGGGCAAGGACGAGCAAGGACCCAGAAGAGGGUAUACGAAAAAGAAUGCGAAUCCUAAAAAUGUGACGUCGGAAGAAAAGCAGAGACCGACGGAUGUUCGCGAAAGUCAAAAGAGUAUAAAUGAGAUGAACGCAAGAAAAGUACUCAAAAGUAAUGGUGGAGAAGGACAGCUCGAAGCGGAAAAGCGGAAGGAGGUCGCAAUUCGAUGGGAGCCGAAGAGGAGAGAGAGCGAAGAGAUCAAACGAAAAGAAUCAAAUGACAUUGAAAACAGGGAAGAGGAGCACCAGAAGAGGGCAACAGAAAAGCUUGAAAGGAAAGAGCUGGAGAAGAAGUCGAGUAUGGAGCCUGCAAAGAAGGAGGUGCCAAAGGACCGUGGGAUAGUGAAGAAACGGUCGUGUGAGGAGUGGAUAGUCAAGGAGGGAGCGCCGGAGGGAUGCACCGAUGAAGACACCAUUUUGCACGAGAGUAGGUCGGCGACGGAAUGGGACAUGGAAGAGGAGCAAAUGGACAGAAGAAGGGAAAUGCAAUGGGAUUUGCUGCUGAAGGUUUUGCAAUCGGAAAAAUUUAAGAGACGACGUCAAAGCCAAGGGACGGUAGACGACAGAAAUGCUUUGAAAACAAAAGAAGAGCCUGAACGGAAGCCCAGCAGGUAUGAUACGCUCGAGGAAGCACAGCAGAGGAAGGAGCUCAGACGGCGAGAGUCAGAGGAGAGGCGAAAAAGGGAGCAGAUGGAACUAGCAGAUGCGAAUGAGAAGCGAGCAAGGAAAGACCUUGAAAAGAGAGCCAGCCUUCGUCUGCAUGAGGAGGCAAUAAAGAGGGAAAAAGAAGAGUGCGAAAGGAAGGAGCUUGAGAAGCAGAAGCUGAUGAUUGAAAGUCAGAUAAUGAAAGCGUGCCCCUGGCAACAGUGGCCUUCGCUGGGAGCACUGAAGAAAAUAUUUAUCGAAGAAAUGACUUCGGCUGCGACUGGUCCACAGACGGUAGAGGAAAAGGACAAUCGACGAGAGGGAGGCAGGGCAACGCAGUGGGAUAUACCACUGAAGAAAAGACAAUCGAAGGAGAAGAACCCGCGACAUCAAAGUCAAGAGCCAGACAAUUCAAGAAAAGAGGUGGCAGAAAAAGAUGGGCUUAAGUUGAGGACCUGGCCAGAACAGGCCGUGAGAGAACAGCGGGAGGAGGAGCUUCGUGCUCCAGAGAAGCAGAAGCAGAAGAUAGAAAGGCAAGAUCUUCGACGUGAAGAGACAAAAGAGACCAAAAGAAGAGAAGGCACGGAAAAGAAAUCCAAGGAAGAGCUCCAGCUGGAGCAGCCAGUGCAGGACCGAGGAUCGCACGAGGAGCGCGAAAAAUUAAGACAAAGUAAGGAAAUUCAAAUCAAAAGAAGCACAGACCUCGAAAGGGUGUCCAGAAAAGAAAAGACCGAGUGUGAAAAUCCAGGGAAUGUCAGACUUCUUCACAAAGAGCUUUCGAGAAUUGAAAAAUUGAAAAAUUACAUAGAAAAAGAAGAAGUCGAAAGAAAAUCCAGUGAAAAAAAGCUCGAACGGGUGCUCCGAGAGCAGGAGCGUAUUUUAAAAGAAGAAGUGCAGAAGAAUAGCGAAAAAAAACAGGUCAAAUGGAAGGAGAAUCAGAUCAAGACAAAGGAACAGCCAGAAAAGAGAGCCAAGGAACCAGAUCGAGCGCGUGAACCAGAGGACGAGGAGCUCAGACUUCGAAAGGAACUCAAGAUGAUGGAAUACGGAAAGAAGAGCUGUCUAAAUGUAAGGGAAGAGCCAACUGGGAGAGCCACGAAGGAAGAAUUAGAACGGGAACAGCACCCGAAUGAUGACCGAAUGCGAAAUGGUAAGGAAACGGAAGGUCUGCCAAGAGAAGAGCUCAAGCGGAAGGAGGAGAAGGAGAGGAAGGAAGAAAAACCAAAAAUAAUAGCUUCGGGAUACAAGCUCGACCGCGAGCAGAGAGGGAGGGCGCACGCACAGCAGGAGGAGCGACAGAAGAGAGAAGAUGAGAGCCAGCACAAGUUCAGAGAUUACAUAAAAAAAAGAGAAGAGCUCUAUGCAAGAGAGAUGGAGGAUGAGUUUAAGCGGCGACAUGGAGAGGACAAAGGCACAGGAGAGCUCGAUGAGAGCGGCAGUGAAAAACUCGAAUCUAGAGCUACAGAAGUGGAGCUGAAAUGUAAACUCAUGGAGCUCGAUCAGAAAAAGUCUAAGAAGGAGAUCGAAAUUCGUACGCGAAAGAAUAAUAAGCUUGAAAUAAUGAGUAAAGACCCAGAAGAUCUUCCAAAGAAAUCUGGUGGAAACGGUAACGAGUUCGAGGGGAGAGCAGAAGACGAAGAGCUCGAACGGAAAGAGGUCGAUAGUUUGCAACAAUUUUACGAGCAGUUGAAAAGGGCAGAAAAAGAAGAGCUCGAGUCCAAGGAUACGGAGGUCACAGGGAGGGAAAACAAGCAAACAAAACUGGAGGAAAAGCGAUCGAAGAGAGCGAAUCUGAGAGAGAAGCCGUCUACAGCUGGAAAAACAGAAGAGCUUAAUGAGCAGCUCCCAGGAUACGCAAAAGGAGAGAUGAGCUCCCCCAAAACCGCGGUCCUGCAGAAAAAGGAAACAAAGGAGAGCGAAACGGUAACUGGACAGACGCAUCCCUCUGUAUCUCGGACAGAAGCGGACAACGCUUUCAUGGAAGUUCUUUGUGAUUUCCGGAAGAGAUUCCUGGGCAGGGCCACGGGGCGUCCCAGUUCCUGGACACAGCCGCAAGACGAAGGGAGCAAGUCCAUCAAUGAUAUCCAGGGUCUUUAUCAGGUACUCCAUGAGCUCAACCAGAACGUGACUCGCUCGCAAAAAGUAUCCGAGCACACUCGAGCGCCGAGCGCACCGAGCGCAUCACUCCAAAGCACGCCCAAGGAGUGCACAGAGAACCACGCCCACACCACGUCGGAGCAGACUAGCGAUUCUGGAAAGGAAUUGCAGAGAGAAACAAAACGGACGACCAGGCCACUACCGCGUAAGCAGCAAAGCAUCAGUGGGAUCGGGGACCAGGCCGCAGCCUGGUACGCUUCGUACUACGAAGCAAAGAUGAAAGCUGGUAGUGAAUCGAAGGCUCGUUCCAGCUCAAGUUUCGAGUACUUCGCUCCAAGACCUUCCAUGUCACAGCACGAACGAUGGGUUCGCUUUAUGGAAACCGACGAAGGCACUAGCGUUGGCGAUACAGAGACUAGUACCGACGUCCCGGAUCAAGUCCCGGGCAUGAGCUGUCCGCAGAAGAAGACUUGCGUGAUGGAGCAGCAGCAGGACGCAGAGGAAGUUGAGCAGCAAUCAAAGAAAACUCAGAUGGUUUCUCCUCCAGUGAGCUAUUGCACGCGAAACGGAAGGAAGCGCUUUCGUCCAAAGUUGGCCAGCUACCAGCUAAAUCGCAGGAAGGGACUGUCCCGACACCAAGAGCGUCAUACUUUCUGCCCCAUUCUGUCCGGAAACGGAGAAGACAAUGAAGACCCAGAGGCACUGUGUCGGCGACUGCAGACCGAUAAUGCGCUGAUGGAGAGAAAGAUCGCCGAGGCUAGGAGAAGGAACCGCGGAAAACAUAUCGCGGUGUCAAUGAUGAGCGGGGCUGCAAAUGUGGUCAGACUUUUCCAACUGGGAAGGAGGACCCAGGAACCGAAACCAGAAGAAACGAGAUGGACGGAACAUUUCGGGGACUUGCCCCAUGACUUCGACUUUCCAACCUCCACGUUAAGAAAGAUAAUUCACAGUGAGUCACAGCGGGCAGUGGAGCUACCGGGCCGCAUUUUCCAAACAAUAUCCAAGGCUCUGCACAGUCGUGGUGGCCAACUGACUGGCAGCCUCCUCAAGUGCAUUGAUACGAUGGAUGCAAGCCUGGAGGAACACCUGCGAAGUGUCCUGAACAGCCAGUUUGAGGCGUGGCACGUCCCUGACCUCUUGCAGAUGGCUGCCAAAUUGGAGGACGAAGAGCGGAACACGGCUACCAGCAGCCUAGCAGAAUCCUGCAGGGCUACUAAGGAGUCCCACCAGCAGCAUUGGAAACAGUUGUCAGACCAUUUCAUUAGCUUGACACAAGCAAGCUUCAGCGACCAUUGUGACGUGGAGGACGACCUCGUGCAAGCUGCAUUCCAGACUGUCGUCAAAUCUUACACGGCCUGGAGCAGCCGGCGACUUAAAAACGUGGCACGAGAUUAGUUUGUUCUAUAUACAAAAAAGUAUAUAAAAUGUUUCGCAGGAAUACUAAAACUACUUUUUUCUUGGUCACUAGAAUUGAAGGAAAAGUAACAUUAAAAUUUAAUUUUUAGCCAUUGUAAAUCUUAGAUUUAUUAGAAAAAUAAAAGAAAUUAUUUCAAUAA